AUGCCGAUAUUGGGUGCGAAGGAAAUGUGGCAAAAAGCUGGUCGUUGGAGUACUUUCGAAUCAGAAAUGUUUCACUUGAAUGAUAAAACGAAUCAAGUUUUCUGUCUUCAGCCAACUCAUGAAGAAAUGGUAACGAAAUUGGUGGCUGAACAAGGUGAAUUGAGAAAAGCUAUAUAUCCUUUAAUGCUUUAUCAAAUGGGACCAAAAUUUCGUGACGAGACUGUUGUUGGACAUGGAUUUCUUCGCAGUAGAGAAUUUUUAAUGAAUGACUUAUAUUCCUUCGACAUAACGGAGGAAAAUGCCUCGGAUACUUACAGUCUUGUCAGUGAAGUAUAUCAACGAAUAUUUCGUGAUCGCCUCGGCAUUAAUUUUUAUACUGUUCGAGCCGAUACUGGAAAUAUUGGUGGUGAAAUGUCACACGAAUAUCAUUUACCGUGUAGGACAAGCCACGAUAGUAUUGCUUAUUGUGCAAAAUGUAGUUUAGGUGUGAAUCAUGAUUUGUUGAAAAGUGGUGAAAAGCCUUGCUGUUGUGAUGAAGAAUAUACUUCGAUUAUUAAAACGAUUGAAAUAGCUCAUACAUUUCAGCUGGGGGAUUUGUUCACCAAAAAAUUUGGGGCCAAACAUCGUGGACAACUAUUGAUAAUGAAUUGUUUUGGAAUUGGCAUUGGCCGUCUGAUAGCAGCCUUAAUCGAUUCAAUGUCACCCAGUGCAAGAGCUCUCCGUUUACCAUAUCCACUGACACCUUUUAAAGUGGCCGUUAUUCUGCCAAAUAAAACUCAGCCAGAAACGAUGGCAUUUGCUCAAGAUAUCAUUGGUCUUCUUAGUAAGAUACCAUCCCUACAGGACGAUAUUUUCGUUGAUGAUCGAUUGGAUAAUUCAAUUGGAAGGCGACUGCGUGUGGCUGCAAAUCUGGGUGUUCCUCACAUACUGGUAGUUGGAAACCGGACUGCCCGGAAGUUGACAAGUCAGCCAACUGUGGAGUAUUAUAGAACAGAAGCAUAUAUUGAUGAACCGAUCAGCGUUGGAGACAUUGAAUAUUUUGAAAUUCCAAGAUUUAUUGCAGAGAUGUAA